GGCCCUCCGCGCGGGUGGGCUUGGAGCAGGCCGCACCGGGCGGGAACCCCACUCCCACCCCGGAGGCCCCCUGCCCUUUCUCCCCCUUUCCCCCCGGCCCAUGGUGCGAGGCUGGGAGCCGCCGCCCGGGCCGGACCGCGCUAUCUCUGAAGGGCACAAGUCAGAAAGCACCAUGCCUCCUAAUAAAGAGGCCAGCAGUCUUAAUAGCUCCCCCGCGGGGCUCAUCUGCCUCCCUCCAAUCUCCGAGGAGCUACAGCUUGUGUGGACCCAGGCAGCCCAGACCAGUGAGCUGGAUGGCAAUGAACACUUGCUACAAACCUUCAGCUACUUUCCCUAUCCCAGUCUAGCAGACAUUGCUCUUCUCUGCUUACGCUAUGGGCUGCAGAUGGAAAAAGUCAAGACUUGGUUCAUGGCCCAGCGCCUCCGCUGCGGCAUUAGUUGGUCAUCUGAAGAAAUAGAAGAGACUCGAGCCCGAGUGGUCUACCAUCGGGACCAGCUCCAUUUCAAAUCCCUUCUCUCUUUUACUCAUCACGCAGGGCGGCCCCCUGAGGAGGUGCCUCCUUCUCCAGUGCCACCUCCAGAACAAAUGGGUCUUGGAAUAGUGCCCUUGACUCUUAGCGAGCCUACCCAGAUGAAAGGAUUGAAGGUAGAGCCUGAGGAGUCCUCAGAGCUGCUGAGUCACCAGAAAGCAAAGGAACCCCUGAUGGCACCUGGCAGUGGGACAUUCUCCCACCAAUCAGAUUUUUGGCAGGAUCUUCAAAGCAGUGGCCUCUCUAAGGAGCAGGCAGGCAAGGGUCCCAAUCAGUCACAUGGCCUAGGUUCUGCUUCCUGGAACCACUCCACAGCUGUCCACCAGCCACGUGCUCGGGAUAAGCCCCCACCAAUCUCAUUACUUGCCAGUAGUUGUAAGCAGGAGUCAGCAUCUAUUAUGACUCCUUCUUCUUCCUCUACCUCUUCCACUUUCCAGGUACUGGCUAAUGGAGCUACUGCCACCUCUAAACCCCUCCAGUCAUUGGGCUGUAUCUCACAGCCACUGUCACCCAAUGAACAGGCACUGCCCCCACAUCUGGAGCCAGCCUGGCCCCAGGGGCUAAGACAUAACUCAGUACCAGGUAGGGUUGGCCCUGCAGAGUACCUUUCCCCAGAUAUGCAACGCCAGCGAAAGACCAAGCGCAAAACCAAAGAGCAGCUGGCUAUCCUCAAAUCUUUCUUUUUACAGUGCCAAUGGGCACGGCGUGAGGAUUACCAUAAAUUAGAACAGAUCACUGGCUUACCUCGGCCUGAGAUUAUUCAGUGGUUUGGUGACACACGCUAUGCUUUGAAGCAUGGGCAACUAAAAUGGUUUCGGGACAACGCAGUACCUGGUGCCCCUAGUUUCCAGGACCCAGCAAUUCCCACACCCCCACCUUCAACCCGCUCCUUGAAUGAAUGGGCUGAGACACCACCUUUGCCAAACCCCCCACCCCCACCGGAUAUACGACCCUUGGAGAGGUACUGGGCAGCCCACCAACAGCUUCGGGAAAGUGAUAUCCCUCAACUGAGUCAGGCAUCAAGGCUUAGCACCCAGCAGGUACUGGAUUGGUUUGACUCUCGUUUACCUGAGCCAGCUGAGGUGGUGGUUUGUCUAGAUGAAGAAGAGGAGGAGGAGGAGGAGGAGGAACUGCCAGAAGAUGAUGAGGAUGAAGAGGAGGAGGAGGAAGAUGAUGACGAGGAUGAUGAUGUGAUCAUACAAGACUGAGGGGUGGGGGAGGGGAGGGGAGGUCUGUUACUAAAAGAUGAACCAACUUAGUAACUGUUUAAACAAAGAAACCACUUUUUAAUUACCUUGUGGCAAAGAACUAAAAAGCUUUGUGUUCUUGAGGUUGGGGGAUGGGGGAUGUAGUGAGGGUGGACCAGGGAGGAUGACCAUAGGACCCAAAGAGAGGUGAGGAUUGGUUGGGCAGAAAUCAGGCCUUUAGUCUCGGUGAAGAGAGUGCUAAGGAUCUGGUCCAAACCAUGGGCUGGGAAACAGUUCUUGCUCUCUUCAUGUCUGUUCUUUCCCCUUAUUGUACUAAGGAGAGGCCAGACAUUGGCCCCACAUCUUUAGUACUGGAAAGGAGGAGUAAAGAAUUUUGAUUCAAUUGAUGAUUGUAGUGCAUCCCCCAGUCUCACCAUUUUCCCUGGAAUAUAAGGCUGCCUCACACCCCUUUCUUCUCUGAGCACGAGUCCGUGCAUAAUACAGCUGAGAGUCUUAGUGUGUCCCAGUCUCACUACAGGUAUUUUCUUCAUGCACAUCAACUUGACGCUGGGUUUUCCCUGCUUCAUUACUGAGUUGCACAGGUAGCAGAAUGUUUUCACUUCUGAUACUGGGACCAUUUUGCCUUGUACUUUUUAAUCUUUUUCCAAAAUCCCUCAUUCUGUUGGCUAUUUGUCUCAGGGUAAAUCUUCCCCAUGGAGCUUGUGAAAAAGUUUAAUAAUUGGGUGGAGAAUAAUUUAGACUGGAUAUUUAUUGGAUGUGGGAACUGGGGGGAAAUGUCCUUUUAAAAAGUAGAAUUAGGUUACAGAGGGAUAGAGGAGAGGGAUGAUUUCUACUGUUCAGAAGGUGGGUGCAGGUAGGUUGCAGGUUUGGUUUUACAAAUCUGAAACUUCCUCCUGCCUAGCUUGACAAAGACUAAUUUUUCAUCUUUUUGGUGUUGGCUCAAUGUGUGUCUAUAAUAGAGACUUUUUCCCCUCUUUAUAGGAUCUGUCUUGGGGACAGAGGGACCCUGGUCUUAACUGAACUGAUUAUUGAUGUUUUAGAAUGGUUUUCAUCAGUUGGAGUCAGAUAUAAAGAUAUCAAUGGGUUAACCAUCUAGAAAUAAGAGUGGAAGCCCCAAAUUGCUAGAAUAAUAAAAGGCCAAAAAUAAAAUUGUUUCUCCUCCACUUUGCCACUUC